UGAACCACUGAUCAGCUUAAAAGCUACACCAGGAGAUCCUUAUUUUUAUUAUUACUCUCAUCGUUGUCAUCAUCGUCAUCACUACCAUUGUCCCUGAUACCACCACAACCAUCAGAAUACUAUGUACAGGUAUGGCAUAUCUUCCCAGAGAAGAUCUUGGCCGCUAUGGAUGACGAUCCUUAUUUUUCUUGGAGUGAUGCUGAUCUUGGGAGUGAUUAUUGGUCUCCUGGUUCAUUUUCUGGCAGUUGGAAAAACUUACUAUUACCAAGGUGAUUUUCAUAUUUCUGGAGUCACUUACAGUCACAGUUGUGAAAAAGCAGUUUCACAAACCGGCACAGAUCUAAGUAAAGCUAUUGAAACUAAGAUGUCAGAUGCAUUUCAAAAUUCUAGUGUAUACAAAGAAUAUAUCAAUUCUCAGGUUAUCAAAUUUCUGCCUUAUCCCAAUGGAUCAAGGGUACAGUUUCAAUUGACACUGAAGUUUCCACCAGCAAAGAAGAAUAGCAUGAAAACUAAAAUCGAAGGUAUCUUACAUCAAAUGUUGAAGGACAACAUGGCAUCCUGGAAUGCAGUUCCCUCUUCCAUUAAACUUACAGAAACCAGCAAGGCUAACGCUGAAAUGCUUACUAACAACUGUUGUGGAAGACAACUGGCCAACAGCGUCAUUGCAGGCAACCGAAUUUUGGCUGGGGAAAACGCCCUGGUAGGGGCCUGGCCCUGGCAAGCAAGCAUGCAAUGGAAAGGCCGACACCACUGUGGUGCCUCUCUGAUCAGCAGCAAGUGGCUCCUAUCUGCAGCUCACUGCUUUGCUCUGAAAAGUAAUUCAGAAGACUGGACUGUCAACUUUGGAACUCUAGUAAAUAAACCAUAUAUGAGGAGGAAAGUCCAAAACAAUUUUCAUGAAAAUUAUACCAAGGCCGGGGUCCAUGAUGAUAUUGCCCUCGUGCAGCUUGCUGAAGAAGUCUCUUUUACGAAGUAUGUUCGUAAGAUUUGUCUUCCUGAAGCCAAAAUGAAGCUCUCAGAAAAUGACAGUGUUGUAGUUACAGGAUGGGGAACACUUUAUAUGAAUGGUCCUCUCCCAGUAAUACUUCAACAGGCUGUUUUGAAGAUUAUUGAUAACAAAGUUUGCAAUGCUCCCCAUGCAUUAUCUGGCUUGGUGACUGACAUGCUCUGUGCUGGAUUUAUGUCAGGAGAAGCUGAUGCCUGUCAGAAUGAUUCUGGUGGACCACUAGCUUAUCCUGACUCUAGAAAUAUCUGGCACCUUGUUGGAAUAGUAAGCUGGGGUGAGGGAUGUGGUAAGAAGAAUAAACCGGGUAUCUAUACUCGCGUGUCUGCUUACCGUGACUGGAUUACCUCUAAGACUGGACUCUGAGAGAGAAGUCAUUUUGGAAAGACACAAAAGACAACCAUAGAGUAUUCUUAUCCAUCACUGCAGAAUCUUUUUGAUUACUGGUAUACCAAUCGUUUCUUAUGUACAAAUGCAUGAAGGUCUGGAUUAAUAUUUUAUCUAAAAUUCUAUCCAUUCAUUUAUUUACC